CAACCAUGCAAAAGGCCGUUCCAUACAGGCCCCAGCUCCCACCAGCAGCCGCCGCCAGCGAAUCCUCUGGCCCCCAUGCUCUGGCUGCCGGUGACGGUCAUGGAGGAAAAUUCAAUGGCACAAAGGUCAACAUACAAAGGAUGGUCAUGGAGAACCCGGUGAUAGUCUUUGGGCGGUACGGCUGCUGCAUGUGCCAUGUUGUGACAAGGCUGCUCUUGGGUCUUGGGGUGAACCCAACAUUGUACGAGGUCCUCGAAGAGGAUGAGGCUGCACUGGUUGGAGAGUUAUCGAGGAUGGUCGGUCAUAACGAUAACAAUGGUAGUAAUAAUCUGCAGUUUCCCACAGUUUUUGUGGGAGGGAGGCUGUUUGGGGGCCUUGAUAAGGUCAUGGCGACUCAUAUUUCAGGCGAGUUAGUCCCGAUCUUGAGGGAGGCCGGUGCGUUGUGGCUUUGACAUGUAAACUCAAUUGAUCUGUUACCAAACGGUCAUCAAGACUGGCGCCGCGCGCUGACCCGAUAUAUGAAAGACAGUUAAUUCAAUCUCUAAUUGGAUGAAUGCAGUUUCUGUUUUAGACUAGGCAAUAAUCAACUGAUAUAGCUCUUAUUCGAUUCCUUCAACUAAUG